AUCAAAUUUAACUGUUUCCUUUGUUUUCUUACAGUUUACUAAUAAUUAAUAUCAAUUUACUAAUUGUUUUCAUUGUAAUCGGUUGAUAAGAUUUCUCUGCAUUAAUUGUUAUCUCUCUAAUUGUAAGAUAUAAGUUAAUCAAGGUGUUUGAUUACUUGUAGUAUGAAGUUACAUGUGUAUCUUUUAUUUUAAUUGCUUCUCUAAAUCAACUCAAAUAUACACUUAAAUUGAUUGAUUUCUUAUAGAAAAUUAAAUUGUUUCUUUAAUUGUGAUUAUACACUUUUUGCAAUUGUUCAAUUCAGUUAAUUGCUAUCAAAACGGAUACAAAUUCAUCAUCCACAUUGCAGUUAAUCCAGUCGGAGAUUGAAAAUCUUGUGAAUAAGUAAAAUCAACCCAAAUUACGAGUGAUUGAUUAACAAAUUGUUACUUUAAUCAUCAUGGGUAAAACUUUAAUCAUUGCUCAAGCAAUUUCCGCUUCAAUUACCUUUGCCUAUGGUCUUUGUAUAUCAUUUUGGUUCCUAUCAAAACAGAAUUACAAUUCAGCCUUUUGGGCCUUGAUGCUUGGCCUUUCAUCAGGAGCUGUUCUCCACCUUGAUAUCCUUUUAAUUAGGAAAACAAUUGACAAUUGGUACGGAAAGAAAGGAUUUCGAGCCAUGAGGUUGAUCGGCUUGAUACUCACCAUAGUUGCUUUAAUUGCUGGAGCAAUUUAUUUCUACUUAGCCAUUAGUAGGAAACAAAAGUUCAACCUUUUAACCUACUACACUAGUGGCACUUUAUCAUUAAUGACUCUCAAAGGAUCAUUAGGUUUGUUUUUUAUUAGUCGAAAGCAAAUUCGACUUAUUGAUCAAGAUUCAACAAUUAACGGUUUUGACAAUGGCAAUUAAUAGAAUGCUUAGUUGAUUGAUAAUUACUUUGGUAACGAGAACCCGGUUAAUUAUCUUGAAAAGUCUUCUUACUGUGGAAUCAAUUGUUUAUCAUUAUAUUUGCUUUUCUGUGUAAAUAACACCCUGUAUCUCUAAUUGUUGAUCAUUUGUACUUACAUUUUAACAGAAAAUUAAAUUGUUUCAUCGGAAAGAUAA